AUGAGCUCCAAAGAGACAUAUCCAGACACCAAGGCGGCGGACAUGGGCGUGGUGGAUACUGGCAGCUCAGAAGAUGCCGGUGAGGGUGGUGGCCGUACUGGGCGUACCAUCAAACGGGACCUCCGUCGACGCCACAUCAACAUGAUUGCCCUUGCGGGAAUGAUUGGAACUGGCCUGUUCCUGGCAUCUGGCCAGGCUAUUGCCCUCGCCGGUCCUGUAGGAGCAUUGCUAGGCUUCAUCUUUAUGGGUGCCAUUACCAUCGGAGUCGCCUUGUGCUCUGGGGAACUCUCAUCCUUCGCCCCUGUCACUGGUGGCUUUGUCAGACAUGCCGGUACCUUUGUACAGCCUGCCCUGGGCACUGCUACGGGUUGGAAUUUCUGGUAUACUAUGGCCAUCAUCGCCCCUGCUGAACUUGUUGCCUGUGCUACAUUGAUUAACUUCUGGGACUCCAAUAUCAACCCGGCUGUCUGGUACAGCAUCUUUGCUGUCAUCAUCGGAGUGCUCAAUUUCUGCGGCGUACGGUGGUAUGGAGAGUCCGAGGUCUUCUUCGCCACUCUGAAAAUCCUGCUCAUCGUUGGGCUCAUCAUUGCCGGUAUCGUCGUCGAUCUCGGGGGGAACCCUGAGCAUGACCGGAUCGGCUUUCGUUACUGGAAAAGCCCAGGCGUUUUCAACACAUACCUGGUCCAUUCCAAUAAAAAUACCGGGCGCUUCCUGGCCUUCUGGAGCACUCUGUUGUCGGCGUCGUACUCAUAUGUCAACGUCCAGGUGGUAGCACUCGCGGGCGCUGAAACCCGUAAUCCACGCAAGAUCAUUCCCAAUGCUCUGCAAAUGACCUUUUGGCGUGUCGCCGUCUUUUACAUCAUCAGUCUCUUCGUCGUCGGUCUGCUCGUCCCCUAUGAUGACCCCAACCUAGGCAUUAACACCGGCGAUGCACAACAAAGCCCCUUUGUCAUUGCAUUCCAGCGUCUGGGGAUCAAGGCUCUGCCGUCAAUCAUCAACGCUGUCGUGGUUACGUCAGCUUUCAGCUGCGGCUCUGCCUGUAUAUUCCUCGGCAGUCGAACCCUAUAUGGCCUGUCGGAGGCACAUCAAGCCCCCAAGAUAUUCACUCGGGUCAAUCGUUUCGGCACACCCUGGGUCGCGGUUGCUGCCACACUGGCCUUGAUGCCCCUGGUGUACAUGACCUUGGCCGAUAAUGCAUCCGUGGCCUUUGGCUGGAUGGUCAACAUUACCACUGUAGCUGGUCUGAUUGGCUGGGUCAUCAUCCAGGUCUCGUAUCUCAGGUUCUACUACGCCAUGAAACAGCAGGGCAUCAGCCGUGACCGACUGGUUUACAAAAGCCCUUUCCAGCCGUAUCUUGGUUGGUUCACGCUGAUCUCAGUGUCUCUAGUCGUGAUAUUCUCCGGGUACAACGUCUUCUUCCCCGGUCAUUGGAGCACGUCGUCUUUUCUGACAUGCUAUAUCGACAUUGCCAUCUUUAUCUUCUUGUGGGCCGUAUCAUGGUUCUAUUUCCGUGGAGGGAUCCUGAAGCUCAGCGAGGUGGACUUGUCGGAGAUCCACAAGAUCGAUGUGGAGAAAGAGACUUUGUCAUUGAAGAAAGACCCCGAGCUGAGUUCUUGGUGGAGAAAGUAUAUCAUUUAGGGCAGGGAGAUUGGACUGAGUCAUGCCACGUGUUUGUUUCGUGUAUACGAGCAUGUCAUCUGAUAUAGUAUAGUGCAUGAGUCUAGGUUUCUUAAUUCUGGGGUAUCAUGGUCCACGGCGGCUCGGGCCUUUCCCAAGCUCUAAUCAGUAUUGCCACAGGUAUGUAC